UUCAAGGCGUCUACAUCGGCGUUGCAGCCGUAGUUGUGGCCUCGUUCGAUGCUAUCAUCCUGCUAGGCGAUGACAUCAAUCUAGUCUGGUCUCGGCGGUGGACUUCGGCGACUCUCCUUUUUCUGUGCAAUCGAAUCGGUAUCAUAUUGCAAACAUGGGUCAACUUCAUACCUUCAUUUUGGAAGAAUCUUGAUCAAGGGAACUGUUGGCGGUUGGCUCUUUCCGAGAUAUGGAUUGCUCCUUGUCAGCUCUUCAUAAUUGAAGGGAUUCUUUUGAUGCGGAUCAUCACGAUGUAUAAUAACCGGAUGGUCACCUCCUUUCUUCUCGUGCUGUACUUCAUCUGCACUCUGGCGCCUUUGUUGAUUGUGGGAUUCACUCUUCAAAACGCGACACUCUCUCCCCCCUUUUACUGGAGCUCUUGGAUACCUCCCGUGGUAAUGGAGACAACCCUUUUCCUGUUUACGGCUGCAAGAACCUUCCGAAGCGCCGUACUAGAAAAAGGGGAUGCGCCACUCGCAGUGCUUUUGCUCAGAGACGGCCUGUUUUACUACGCAGCAAAACGUGAAAGAGUGGUUUGCAGCGCCCGCCGUUUGCCUUUCAUCAGUUAUGUGCUCCCGGCUCUUCUUGAACCUACGAAAAGCGAUGCGCGAUCACAACGACGGGAAGGAAAUCAGUACAAAAAGGCGUUCUUCGGACAUGGAGCUGUCACCCCCUGAUUCCUGGACCAGUAUCGACCGCCGCUAGUGGGGGUGGCAUAAUUUCUUCACACGACUUCUUCAAGGAAAAAAAUAUCCUCGACAUACGACCAUACCACUCGCAGGCUGUUUACUAUACAUAGCCAGGCUGAGCCUGAAGCACUAUUCAUUGUUGUCGUUCCUGUCAUAAACCUGUAAUCAG